AUGUCCCUCGCCCGUGUAGUCCUCGUCCUCAUUCAGGCUGUUUCUAACCAGUGGGCAUGCACGCCUCCGAACCCCACGCCCCCGAAAGCCAGAUACCAUACCGAUGAGUUGUAUAUUCUGCAGAUAGCGCCGUUCAUUUUCAAGGUGCACCAGGCAAUUAUAUGGAUAUGCACCACAUUCGAGGUGUUAUUCUAUCUGGGAUCGCUGCUCCCUGUGUCAUCGCCCACCUCCUUCAUAAAUUCCCUCGUCUGCCCUUCGCAGUGCAACCUCAAGGUCACUCCCCUUUUCGUCAUCGGCGUAAUGGCUUCCGUGCUGGGUACCUAUGUCCGGCUUGAUUGUUUCAAAGCACUUGGCGAACUCUUCACUUUCGAUCUUACGGUCCUUCCCCAACACCGUCUCGUCACAACCCGAUUCUACGCCCAUGUACGCCACCCAGCCUACACCGGUUCCAUGCUGCUCGUUGCCGGUCUCGCCUGCUCCCACCUCUCUCGAGGCAGCUGGCUGACUGAAUGCGGUCCCCUUUACGCACCAGGAAGUGCUAUCGUCGUCUGGGCUGCAUGGUGGAUCUGGACUCUCGCAGUCGGCAUCAGCCGUGCCGAUGCGGAGGAUAAACAAAUGAAGAAGCUGUUCCAGACAGAAUGGGAGGAGUACGCUGCGAACGUGCCGUGGUGGUUUUUGCCGGGGUUGAUUUGA